AUUUGAGUUUCACGAGAUUUUAUUUAGAGCGAUAGUUUUUGAAAAAUGGCGACCGAAGGAGAAGCGAGUGGUGCAGCCUUAGAGGCGGCGUCCGGGGAAGGGGACGCUUCUUUUGGAGAUCUGGCAUCGAAUAUGGAAACUGAAUCGACGAAUGGGAAAGAAACGAUGGAUCCCACGGGAGAGGGAUCGGAGGCGGCCGAUACGCAGACGGGCUCCGGGGACGAGGAAAACGGCCGCCAGCUGGGCGAGGUGGAGCUGCAGUGCGCCCUCUGCAUGAAGUGGUUCACCGCGGACACCUUCGGCAUUGACACGGCGACCUCCCUCCCAUUCAUGACCACCUAUGUGUUUCACUGCAAUAUGUGUCACCAUAGCGGCAACACGUACUUCUUGCGGAAGCAGGCCAAUCUUCGGGAGAUGUGCCUCACCGCCUUGGCCAACUUGACAUGGCGGUCAAGGACUCAAGAUGAACACCCAAAGACCAUGUUCUCCAAGGAUAAGGACAUCAUUCCGUUUAUCGAUAAGUCCUGGGAGUGCAUGACGACUCGGCAGAGGCCUGGCAAGCUGACCUGGCCGAACAAUAUCGUGAAGGCCAUGAGCAAAGAGCGAGAUGUCUUUCUGGUCAAAGAGCACCCAGAUCCGGGAAGCAAAGAUCCUGAAGAGGACUACCCCAAAUUUGGGCUGCUGGACCAGGACCUGGCGAACAUCGGCCCUUCUUAUGAUAGCCAGAAACAGCCCACCUCCGUCUCCACUGCGGCUGGACUUAAUGGUGGAUCAGCGUUCACAGAGCUUACGGGGUCGGCCAGCAGUUGGGGUGGGCUGGCACCUGGAGGCACCGGGAAAGGCAGAGGAGCAAAGCGCAAGCAGCAGGAGGGUGGCACAACUGGCACUGCCAAGCGAACUCGCAGCGACCCCCUCUUUUCAGCUCAGCGCCUGCCUCCCCAUGGAUACCCCCUUGAGCACCCCUUCAACAAGGAUGGCUACCGCUACAUCCUGGCCGAGCCAGACCCCCACGCACCCGACCCUGAGAAGCUCGAGCUGGACUGUUGGGCGGGGAAACCCAUUCCCGGGGAUCUGUACCGGGCCUGCCUGUACGAGCGCGUGCUGCUCACACUGCACGACCGAGCCCCGCAGCUGAAGAUUUCUGACGACCGUCUGACAGUGACUGGAGAGAAGGGCUACUCCAUGGUGCGAGCAUCCCAUGGCGUCAGGAAGGGCUCCUGGUAUUUCGAGGCGUCUAUCGACGACAUGCCCCCUGACACGGCUGCUCGCCUUGGCUGGUCCCAGCCCUUAGGCAACCUCCAAGCCCCACUGGGCUAUGAUAAGUUCAGCUACUCAUGGCGGAGCAAGAAGGGCACCCGCUUCCACCAGUCCAUCGGGAAGCACUACUCAAACAGCUACGGCCAGGGAGACAUUCUGGGCUUCUACAUCGAGCUGCCGGACAGCACCGAGACCGCCAAGGCCUUGCCGGACACCUAUAAAGACAAGGCAUUGAUCAAGUUCAAAAGUUACCUGUAUUUUGAGGAGAAGGACUACCUGGAUAAAGCGGAGAAGAGCUUGAAGCCCGUGACCCCAAGCAAGAUGAUCUUCUACAAGAAUGGCAUCAACCAGGGGGUGGCUUUUGAAAACCUCUUUGAAGGAAUGUACUUUCCUGCCAUCUCCCUCUACAAAAAUUGCACAGUAUCUGUUAACUUUGGGCCUCAUUUCAAAUACGCUCCCAAGGACAUCAAGUACCAGCCUAUGAGUGACAUGGGUUGGGGAGCUGUAAUUGAGCACACUCUGGCAGAUAUCCUGUACCAUGUGGAGACUGAGGUGGAUGGCCGUCGCAGCCCCCCUUGGGAAGGCUGACCCCCCCCCCCCCCCCCCCAAAUCCCUUCAAUGUGUCACACCCUCCCUGCUGGACUCUCAUUACCGCAGUAGACUUCACUUCAUGCCAAGCACUGACCCGUAAGCCCAAUGUGAACUCCAUCCAUCUUAAGGAAGGAUCGAACUGGACCGGACCAGUUAGCACGGUUACCUAAUCCUUGUUUUACAAGAUACUUGCGAUUAAGCGUCAACAAUAAGACCCUGUAUCUUCAUGUUCCUAAGUGUUUUGCUGGUUUCCAUCAAUGACCUCAUAAUGCUCGUUACAAUCGGGGGUCUGCCAGCGUGGCCACUGAAUGGGACAAAAUAACAUUUCUUUGGAAAGUGCUCAAAACUUUCAAGAUUUCCUGCUUUCGUGAUGGAACCACUAUGGCCAGAAUAUCAGCAGCAGUCAGUCCUUCUCAGAAAACGUUUAAAAGCAUUUCAGAGUGUUUAUGGUACAACCAGACCUGUGGGGUCGGUCAGAUGUAAGCAGGUUAAUUCUUUGUGCAUUGUGUAUCCAAAUCCGAAAGGUUUCAUUUGGGGAAAAUCUGGAAGGCAGAAUAUACACAUAGGAGACAGCCUUCGUACAUGCUAAGAUAAACAGCCUGGAAUUCUGGGUAGCUUUACUGUUUCACCCUCUUCAGAAUCGCCAAACUCCUCUAGCUUAGGAAGCAUGGAGUUGGUCUCUAAAUAUCUCUGGUUGUGCCUCUAAUGUGAAUCAAACCAUCAUACAAAGUACAAAGUCCCUCCUAUUUACUUAGGCUGCCGGUCUGAUGUUCUUGGUUUCACUUCUUCCUUCCUUCGGCUUGCUUUUGUUCUAUUAAAGUUCUCUGCCCUGCUAGUUCCCUAGAUAACAUUUACCAGGGUUGGUGUUUUGUUUUAUAAUGAAACUGGUUUUAAAUAAAAUAUUUAAAAAUGCA